AUGGCUUUCCGUCUCCACGUUGUCCGACAUGCCGAGGGCAUCCAUAACCCUAAGCAUGAUAUUUCAAUCCUGGACCCUCCUCUGACGCCAAAAGGCGUCCAGCAAUCUGAAAGACUCUCACAGAUAUUUCCUUUCAAUGAUAAUGUCGGUCUUGUCAUCACUUCGCCACUGAAACGGACACUGCAAACAACUCUCAUCGGCUUCCAGCAAACACUCGACGGAAAAUAUUAUCCCGAGACAGCAGGAAGCGGACAGCCUGAUGGCGCAAGACUCUUGUUAUCACCCGAUAUCCAAGCUCAUUCAGCUCGCCUGUGCGACACCGGCUCUGACCAGGCUAUUCUGCAAUCCGAAUUUCCGCAUCUUCCGUGGGAUGAACUAGCUUUCGACCCAGUGUUUCCUGCCAAAGAAGAACUGUACGCGCCAGAUCGAGAAGCGCUGGUUGAAAGGGGACGAAGUUUUCAGAGAUUCCUCAAGAAGGAGUUUGUGGCGUUGGAUAGUGGACGGCCGGAUAUUGUCGUUGUCUCGCAUGGAGGGUUCAUGAAGCACAUCAUACCGAAUGAGAAAUUGGCGUUCGAUCAGGCGGGCUGGAUGAGCUUUUUUGUACAAUUCGAUCGAGACUCUGAGAUGACAUCGAUUAGAAUUCAGUAG